AUGUCCACGGAACCACUCUCAGUCACCAUUCAAGCACAUGUGCUGACGAAGGUGACCACUUGCUUACCAUCUGAACCGCCAGCUCGUUCAACGCUGCCAUCGCAUCUGGAGAAAUUGAAUCUAGCAGAUCCUCAAUUUCUCGUCUCCAGACCGGUGGACAUCAUUCUCGGAGUCGAUGCAUACGGACAAGUCAUCAAGCCAAACAUUAUGCGGAACGCUUCAACACCAUUGAUCGCACAACUUUCGAUCUUCGGUUGGCUCGUAAUCGGGCCCCUCGAGGGCAUUCAGACCAUUCGCAGGACCUCUCAUCAGGUGACGGUCAGUAACACCGAUCGCCAGUUGGGUAAGUUACUCAGCCGAUUCUGGACGCAGGAAGAGCCACCGCAGGACACGGCACCCUUGCUCACAUCAGAAGAGCAAGAGUGCGAAGAUCAUUUCCAGACCACGCAUUCGCGAGACUCCUCAGGAAGGUACAUCGUGCGAUUACCGCUCAAAAUCCAUCCACGAGCACUUGGCAAUUCAUACCAGACGGCGCACAACUGUCUUCAGAGGACACUCAGACGAUUCAGCAAGGAUGCUCAGUACAAACAGCUGUACACCAAGUUCAUACUCGAAUAUGAGCAGCUUGGUUACAUGGUAAGACUGAACAAUGACUCAAUAAUCAGUCCGUUUCAGUACUUUCUUCCGCACCAUGGCGUUCUCAAGUUGGGCAGCACGACCACCGCUUUGCGAGUAGUGUUCAAUGGCUCCAGCCCAACUUUUUCAGGACAUGCAUUAAAUGAUCUUCUUCACACCGGUCCGAACCUUAUGCUGAACAUCGCAAAUCUGCUCAUCUGGAUACGCAGAUUCAAACAUCUGUUUGCAACCGACAUCACGAAGAUGUACCGCCAAAUCAAGGUGCAUCCGGAGGACUGGAGCUUGCAGCAGAUACUCUGGCUUGAUGAAACGCAACAGGAAACGCAGUACCAGCUGACCACGGUCACGUACGGAACGAAAGCUGCACCGUAUCUGGCCGUGAGAACACUCUUGCAACUCACUGACGACGAAGGGUCGAAAUAUCCCCUUACCGUGGAACCCAUCAAAAAUGGCAGGUACGUCGAUGACAUUUUUGGUGGCGCAGAUACCGCAGACCAUCUACAGGACGUUGCAAAUCAGCUGACGCAACUUUGCCAAGCGGGUGGAUUUCCGUUGGCAAAAUGGCACUCUACCAGCAAGUUCUCGAAAUCAAAUGGACACCGCAUGAAGACGCAUUCAAUUUCGCAACCAUAUCAGCUACUCAACGCACGCAGUUCACGAAACGCCUCGUCCUCUCAGAAGUAG